UAGAAUCGAUGUCCAAAAAUAAAUUUAACCUAACUUUGCCGCCCGGUUCGAUUGAGAGUCAUUCAUCACCUAUAGUUCCUGUUGUUGCUGCAGCUUCGUCUAAUGAUACAGAGAAGACAACUUGUAAGACGAGUAUAGAGGUGUUGCAAGAACGUCUGGAGGAGUUGGGCAUGGACGACACACAGCGCAAGCGCAUGGAGUUCUUCCUUUGUCAGAAGGAGAAGAUCGGGGAGCUGGCAGAUGACGAUUUUGAAAAGCUGGGGGAGUUGGGUGCCGGAAACGGAGGGGUCGUCAUGAAGGUCAAGCACCGGUCGAGCGGACUCAUAAUGGCCAGAAAGCUGAUACAUCUGGAAGUGAAGCCGGCCAUUAAAAAGCAGAUAAUCCGUGAAUUGAAGGUUCUCCACGAAUGCAACUUCGCUCAUAUCGUUGGAUUCUAUGGAGCAUUUUACAG